UAGGAGAGUCAGUCGUCAGUGUAGCGUUCUAAGUGGAUUCAAUGUGUGUGGGCGGCAAGAAAACCAAACGACAAAGGAUGCCGGUAGUCGCUGCACACGGUCGUGUACAACGCCGUAACGUUCACAGGCAAAACAUGUUUUGUUUUUGUUUUUUCUCUCCAAAUGUUCUGUAUGGAUAGAAAACGCCUUGGCGUUGUACAAAAAGUAAACAUGAAAAUCGGUUGAGAAAUUAGCAAAUUACGACUUAAUUUCAAGGUCUCAAUAAUUGCCUUUGACGGGAACAUCGACCUCUCCAAUAUGGCCGCCAUGGUGGAACGUCGGUUAGCCGUGCUGCUCCACUGCGCUGGCGUAUUCAUUUCAGCUUCUUAGCUAUGAGUGCCUACGUCUGUGAAUCAACGUUUCACGUGUGACUGACAGCUUUUAAAAUUGGCUGUGAACUCCCUUUUCAUUUAAGCAUACAAGCUCCACUCCAGAAAUGCAGGUUGACGGAGGAGAGGAGAAGACUGCCAUGCAAGGAGCAGCAGCAGCUCCUGCGGCAGCCACUGUAAAGCCAGUGUGGGCUUUGCUUGAAGAAGCGGGGCAAAUGAAGACAGAAGGGAACGCUUUCUACCGGGAAAAGAACAUCCGCGCAGCUGUUGGCCGUUAUCACCGUGCUCUUUUGGUCCUUAGAAGCCUCAAUUCUGAAGUGCCGUUGACUUUGAAAGGAUUUGGACCUGAAAGGCCAGCUCUCACAUCUGAACAAGAGACAUUCCUCAGAAACACAGAAGUGGACUGCUUCAACAACCUAGCUGCAUGUUUGCUGCAGAAAGAGAAUGUGGACUACGUCCGUGUCCAGGAGUACAGCCUGCGAGUGUUGGAGAAGCGACCAGCUGACGCCAAAGCACUGUACAGGGUUGGCGUGGCUACAUUGGAGCUGGGAGAUGCACAGAAAGCCAAGCAUUACCUGACACAGGCCUGCAAGAUGCAGCCCAACGAUGCCAACGUGAGGAGGUACCUGCAGAUUGUUGAGGAGAAGCUGAGCCAUGAGUUACUCCAGGAAAAGGCCAUGUGCCGAGGCAUGUUUUCUUCCAGCAAGAGCAGUGUUGGAGAAUAGGUUAACUCGACUGACGGCUGCCUUAUUCCACCGAAUUCGGAUGACGCCUCAUCUGAGACCAAUAACUUUGUUCAAGCUGAACGGAUGGCAGACCACCUUAAUGUUCUGAAAUGAAAGCCUGAACCACUGGUGUCUUAUUUGUUUCAGAGGUGAGUGAGGGACAGCAGUUAUGAAAGGUUUGGAUAGACUUUAUCAUACUAUUGAAUGAGAAACUGUGUCCAAACCUUUGACAUGUAUUGAAUGUUAACCAUAAAAAAAUUAGGUCUCAGCAAGUUAAAACGAGAAAUGGUGUUUCCUAGCAACAUGGAGAUCGUAUAUUAAAAUCUGAAUAUCCGACAUGAUCACAGAGGUGCCUCUGAAACCGAAGACUUUGUCGUCUUUGUGCAUUUUCAACCACAUCGUUUUGUUUUAUAAAUUCUACAGGGCUAUCAACCCAGUUUUAAUGUAUCUGAUGUAUGCCUUUGUAUUUAUGACACAGUGGCUGUUUAGUUUGAGAUUUUAUUUAUUGUGAAGUCACACUCAAUAAUUAUUUCAAAAUCCUGAGCACAUUCAAGAUAAAAUGUUUUGUUUUGGUCAACAUUUGUCCAGUAUGAUUGUACUUCAGAGGCAGGAUUGCCAAUAAUAAUAAUAAAAAAAAAAGAAUGUUCUCACAAUAACUGAUCACUGAACUUGUCACAGAGCAGCAUGCAUAAGAGUGCAUACAAAUAAAUUCAUAAGUUACAGCA